GAAGGUCUGCGAACGCUGACAAGCGACUGAACAAGCGUCUCACAGACAAACCUCUCAUCUUACGUCAGGAGACGGCCACCUUACCGACUAAGAUAUGAUCACACUAGUUGAUUAAGACCACAGUGGCACAGCGUCAAACAUAGGGUCACGAGACGAGUGUGAUGGCCUGAGGGGUCCACCCCCGCUCCAACCUGCCCCUGCCAGGUCCAAUCUGCCCAAACGCUCUGCUCAGUCACUGCGACCCACCACUGCGAUGGGAGACGGACUGGAAGCAGGCAGCAGCCAGAACCCUUCCUCUGCCACACCACCUCUCCCUUUCAACCCCCCACCCCCUGAAACAUGGAACCCUUCCAGGCCCAAACGACAAACCAACCAGCUACAGUAUCUGCUGAAGGUGGUGUUGAAGACUUUAUGGAAACAUCAGUUUGCGUGGCCCUUCCAAGCACCUGUCGAUGCAGUCAAACUCAAUUUACCUGACUACUAUAAGAUCAUAAGGGCUCCUAUGGACAUGGGCUCGAUAAAAAAGCGUCUAGAGAACAACUACUACUGGAAUGCCCAGGAGUGUAUCCAUGACUUUAACACAAUGUUCACAAACUGCUACAUCUACAACAAGCCUGGUGAUGAUAUUGUCCUGAUGGCUGAAGCCUUAGAAAAGCUUUUUCUCCAGAAGAUUACAGAAAUGCCACAGGAAGAGAUAGAGAUUGCUGUGGUUACAAAGGGUCGUCGUGGGAGCAGGCGUGAGCCAGCUCUGAUGACAAUGUCAGAUUCAGGCCAGGAGUCAUCCUCUCCUUCUACUACCCCCCACACACAAGGUUUUUCAUCUCCAUCCACCACUCCACAGACUCGUAGUGCACCGACCCUCCCUCUUACCCAGCCUCCUCCUCAACCUCUUACUCAGCCUCCUCCCCCCCAGCCUCUCAUCCAGACACCUUCCCAGCCUCUCAUCCAGCCUCUCAUCCAGCCUCUCAUCCAGCCUCUCAUCCAGCCUCUCAUUCAGCCUCUCACCCAGCCUCUGACUCAGACUCCGCCCCCACGUGUGCCCCCUACACCCACCAACCACACUUCACAUUUGGGACCCUCAAUCGCCCUCUCCACCCCAGAUGUCCUGGCUCAAGGCAUGACAUCUGUUCCUCCUCCAGCUGUAACGUACCAAGGCCUCCAUCCUGCCCCCGUUCUGCAGAGCUCCCCAGCUCUCAUCAAGCAAAGAAAGAGCCAGAAGAGGAAAGCCGACACCACAACACCCACAGCUAAUGACCAGCUAAGCGAAUCGCCUCCCAUUUCUGAAGUGACCCGGCCUCGUCGAGAGAGUGCUCGCCCAUUAAAGCAACCCAAAAGAGACUCCUCACAGCCAGACUCUCAGCAUCACCUGGGAGGAGUCUUGGAGACUGGAGGGUCGGUGGCAUCGAAGCGUCAGGAGCAGUUGCGUUUCUGUGCACGCCUCCUUAGAGAGAUGUUGUCAAAAAAACACAUUUCUUACGCCUGGCCUUUUUACAAACCUGUUGAUGCAAAAAGUCUGGGCCUUCACGACUACCAUGACAUCAUCAAACACCCCAUGGAUCUCAGCACCAUCAAGAAAAAGCUGGACAACAGGCAGUACCGAGACGCACAGGAAUUUGCAGCAGAUGUCAGGUUGAUGUUCUCAAACUGUUACAAGUACAAUCCUCCAGACCAUGAUGUUGUUUCUAUGGCACGGAAAUUACAGGAUCUGUUCGAGAAGCGUUUUGCCAAAAUGCCUGAUGAAUCAGAGGAGCCCACCCCAGUUCCCACACCGUCAUCAGCCCUGCACUCAGCACCCUCCGCUCGACAAGCCCCGCCCCCAACUGCUGUUUCAGAAAUUGACAGCUCUAGUUCCUCUGAUUCGGAGUCCUCACGGGGCGACUCGGAGCAAGAAAGACAGCAGCGACUGGCUGAGUUACAGGAACAGCUUAAAGCUGUCCACGAGCAACUGGCAGCACUCUCCCAGCCACAGACCAGCAAGCCCAAAAAGAAAGAGAGGGACAAAAAGGAGAAGAAGAAAGAAAAACACAAGAAGAAGAUGGGAACAGAAGAAUCUGCAGAUACCUCCCCUCUUGCAAUGCUUCAAACUUCUAAGAAAAGCAAAAGCAGCAAAGAUCCGGUUUUGGCAAAGAAAGAAAAGAAGAAAACUGGGAAGAAAGAAGGAAAUAAAAACAACCACCCAGCUGUGCCUCCUCAAACAGGCCCGAUCCCUCUUGUCCCUUCAGCUUCUCUUGAAGCAGAGGAUGACCCGGAGUUGAGCACUGACAAAUGUAAGCCAAUGUCGUACGAGGAGAAGCGCCAACUGAGCCUCGACAUAAACAAGCUGCCCGGCGACAAACUGGGCAGAGUUGUGCACAUAAUCCAGACGCGUGAGCCUUCAUUAAAGAACUCUAAUCCAGAUGAGAUUGAGAUCGACUUUGAGACACUGAAGCCCUCCACGUUGAGAGAGUUAGAAAAAUAUGUCUGUAGCUGCCUCAAAAAGAAGAAAAAAACAUCAGGGCUGGUUCCCAAGCAACAGAAGAAGACCUCAACCAUCAAGGACACGAAGAGACCUCCCCACCAGCCCAUCAGUACUGGAGUGGGCCCGGUCGCUGCUGCGCCUCAAACUCAGCCUCAGUUGGGCCAGUCAAAGCCACAGUUUGUCCCCUCUCUGGAUCCCUCCCAGUUAAUGGCCCCAGGAUUUGAUCCUCUUGACCACUUCAUGAACCCACACCUGGCUCAGUCAAACACAGAGUCCAGUGCGACAAUCACCCCUGCUGGUGCUCUCGUUUCCUCUGGACUUCUCAACGCAAACACGCCCACCAACCAGACGCCAAGUGACACGCACCCUUUCCUUAACCAACAUCCCAUCGUACCUUCCCCAGCGAUCCACAACGCUCUUCCCCAGCAGCCAUCAAGACCUAGCAACCGCGCCGCACCACUUCCGCCCAAACAUUCACAGCCUCCCCCAUCUUCGCUUCCCUCCAUGCCGCCGACGUCUUCAGCAACGCUUCAGCCUACGCUUCAGCCUAAUCUUCAGCCCAAUCUUCAGCCUAAUCUUCAGCCUAAUCUUCAGCCUAAUCUUCAGCCCAAUCUUCAACCUAAUCUUCAGCCUAAUCUUCAGCCUAAUCUUCAACCUAAUCUUCAGCCUAAUCUUCAGCCCACACUUCCCAUUACCCUUCCGCAGCCCAUCCCUCGACCACGGGUUCCUUCGCCUCCAUCGCACGGCAUCUUGGGUACCCUCUCAGCCCAGCCUCCCCAGGCCCUGCUAGAGGACGACGAGGAGCCGAUAUCCAAUAACUCGGACACGCCGCCGCUCAGUCAGGUCCACACCCUCCUGCAGUCGCUUCAGCCGAGACCCUCGGCUCAAACGCAGCCGCUGCACACCCACUCACCUGGGCAGAUCGCACCCCAGCUUGUACCAUCGAUGCACGCGCAGGUCAUGGGGGCAAACCCCCCCGCCCUGAUGCAGAGACACAUCUCAGGGCACGUGCCGCUGUCCUUCCUGCACACGAACACAUCGCUGUCUCAGCAGCAGAAGAGCACUGCCCUGCAGCAGAAGUUACAGCAGUUACAGCAACGGCUGCCAUCACCACAAAUCAAAGCGGAACCUUUUACAUCUACAGGUUCCCUCCAUGAAAGCCCCUCUCCUCUGAUGAUGCAUUCUCCUCAGAUGCCUCAGUUCCAUACAAUGGGACAGCACUCACCCUCACAGACCAAGAAGCAUGAACAGAGGUCCAGCCUCGUGGGGGUUAAAGAGGAAAAGCCUCCACAGUCUCCAGUUUUGCCCCCAUCACCUUUCAGCCCAGUAGUCCGCCAAGACACAAACAAACCAGACAACAAACUCAAUUUAGACGUAAAGCCACUAGAUGGUUCACGGCCCUUCCCCCGUCUCCCAGACUCCCCAGCACAGCCCUGCUCCCAACAGGACCUCAAAAUCAAACAAGAACCCAAAACUCCAAUUGCACCCAAGAAAACACAGGAUGUGAAAUUAAAGAACAUGGGUUCUUGGGCCAGUCUGGCCCAGAGGCCCCAGUCCACGCCGGCCUCUGCGGUGCGCUCCUCCAGUGACAGUUUUGAGCAGUUCAGACGGGCCGCCAGGGAGAAGGAGGAAAGGGAGAGGCAGUUGAAAGCUCAGGCAGAGCAGGCCAGGAGAGAGCAGGAAAAACUACGCCGAGACGACGACGACACGAUGGAACAGGCUCGCCGCGCACAAGAAGACGCCCGCCGUCGCCAGGAGCAGCAGUCGCCUCUCGCACCGCCUCAAGCCUCGACUCCACCCACUCACUCCCCACAGCCCCCUCCUGCACAGCAACAAGCUCCGCCCCCGCCCACCUUAGCUGCACAGAACGCUCUCGACCAGCAGAGGGAGCUGGCUCGUCGCCGUGAGCAGGAGAGGCGCAGGCGAGAGGCGAUGGCUGACACAAUUGACAUAAAUUUUCAGAGUGACCUGAUGGCAAUUUUUGAGGAGAAUCUGUUCUGAAAGGGAAAAAGACAGCUGGAGAGAAGGACCUGUAGUCACUCAUAAGCAAAGUUACUGAAACUCUGACGUGCACCGAUGCUGCUCACACAGAUCCACACAGACCUGAUCACAACUGUUCCUUUCUGUCCUUAAUGGAAGCAGCUGGUUUGUAUCAUGUGCAACAGGGAGGAAUGGAAUCGGAUGAUCGUUUUUUUUUUUUUUUUUUUUUGUUUUGUUUUUGUUUUUUUUUCCUCCAGCCUCAGAUAAAAGUUUGACAUUAUGUGAGCGAUUGUUGGUCAUUAAUCUCUUGGGUCAGCAGGACAAUUAAAAUCUGCUCUAUCAAGGCAACGUUCUGAAGACAUUUUAAAAAAAAAGAAAAAAAGAAGUGGUGCAGAGCAGGAUUUCAUUUACCACAUUUAAGUUAAAAUCAAGAAAGCCUUUUACUGUCAUGUUUAAAAAAAUGUACACAAACAGGCGAACAAACUGAUAUUGUUUCCUCUUUUUUUUUUUUUUUUGCCUCUCCAAAUCUGUUGUAGUUUUUGAUUCAUUUCAUUUAGUCAAGUUGUAGCUGGGACGGAUGGACUCCAGUGGUCCAGUUUGUCAGGUUCAGCCAUCAUCUGAAUGGGAGCAAAACACCUUGGUCGCAUGCACACACACUUUUUUCUUUAACUCAACCUCCUCUCUCCUCUUACCUCCUUCUGCUCCUCCUCCUGUGCAGAGGAGGUGGAGGUUUCAUCAACAUUCAGCCUCCAAGAGCAAAGGAACGAUCAUAUUUCAAAGGUUUUAAAGUGUGUUCUCUGCCUUAGCGCUCUGGCCUGUAAACUAAUGAUCACACCCUGCAAAUUAUACAUAUUAUAUAUAUGAAUAGAAACGUGAAUAUAUAAAUAUAUAUAUAUUAUAUAUGUCAAAAAGUCAUUAAAAAAGAAUAUGGGAGGAAUUUUAAUUGCGGGGAGCAAAGCUCGUGUCUGUGUUUAUCUCUGAGCUAUGGUUUUGAAUUUGUAGACUUUACUGUAAAAAGAAAAGGAAAAAAACAUUUUUUAUGAUUCUAUUGAGAGGAUUGUUUUGUCUGUCAUUCUUCUCUCACACACUUUUCCUUUCUUCCUGAACUCUAUGCCAAAACCAAUCUGUUGAGUGCUGAAAGUUCUUUCAUUUUAUUAUUUUUUUUUUCAAGUACAACUCAUCUUUUCACUUUAUAUUAAAGGCUAUGUCUUUGUUGCUAUUUAAUUUUUCUUCAACCCUUUUUAAAUCCGAAGUUAUGCAACAGUAUGCUCUUUAAUGGCAAAAAAGCGGUUUAAAAAAUGUGAUUACUAGGUCCUAUCAUUUUGUGUUCUAUAAAUAUACAUUUAAGUGGUCAAA